AUGUAUGGGUGUGAGGCCUGGACACUAACACAAAAAGAGGAAAGUCAGCUCCUGAUAGUGGAAAGAAAGAUCUUUCGUAAGAUCCUGGGACCUAUCCAGAGAGACAACGGCACGUGGAGGAUACGGAAGAAUGCCAAAAUCGAGGAGUUGGUGGCCGGACCCAAUAUCAUCGGCGAAACGAAAUCCCACAGACUUCGCUGGUUCGGUCACCUAUUAAGAAUGGGAGAGGAUCGGGCUGCCAAGAGGGCGUACCUGGGAAGACCGACUGGUGGCCGCCCGGUAGGUCAGCCCAGAUACCGCUGGGGAGACAGUGUGGAAGCGGAUCUGCAAGCGGCGUUAGGCAUCCGACACGUACAAUGUGUGAUGAUGUUCUUCGGGGUGCUCUUGGCCUACGGCAUGAGGGUGAACAUGAGCAUGGCCAUCGUCGCCAUGACAGACUCUUCUACGGAAAACACAUUCGACUGGAAUAUGCAGAUCCAGAGCGUGAUAUUGUCCUCUUUCUUCUGGGGUUAUGUGAUUCUUCAAGUUCCUGGGGGCCUCCUAGCUGAGAAGGUUGGCGGCAGUCUCCUUAUUGGCAUUAGUGUUGGAGCCAACUCCAUCAUCACUCUGAUUCUUCCAACUACUGCAGUUUACGGUGGCUGGUACGCAGUAUGCGCAUGUCGGGUGCUGCAAGGUUUAGCCCAAGGAGUCAUUUUUCCAAGCAUGCACAAUCUGAUCGGAAAAUGGGUGCCGUUAGAAGAAAAAAGUCGGUUAGGGACAUUUAUUUAUGCAGGAGCUCAAUUGGGUACAGCAGUUAUGCUGAUGUCAGCUGGCUUCUUGGCAGACUAUUGGGGCUGGGCUGCCAUAUUUUACUUUGUUGGUACAUGUGGAGUCAUCUGGACCCUCGUCUAUAUAUUUAUCGGAGCAGGAGAACCUCAAAACUCGAAAUUGAUAAGUGAAGAAGAGAAGCUGUAUAUUCAGACUUCUCUUGGUCAAGUUGGAGGUAAAAAGUCACUUCCAAUGCCAUGGGUAUCAUUGUUGACGUCUACGCCCUUCAUCAGUCUGAUCAUCGUGCACUGUUGCCAAAACUGGGGAUUCUUUACCCUAAUGACUGAGAUGCCGUCUUACAUGAGCCAAGUUCUGGGAGUCAACAUCAAAGCGAAUGGCGUAUUGUCGGCCACCCCUUACAUCGUGAUGUACAUCCUCAGCUUUCCCGUUGGCUUCAUAUGUGAUUAUGCCCUCGGUAAGGGCUGGGUCAGUAUUACUGCUGCCAGGAAGAUUAGCAAUAGCAUCGGUUUUAUAGGCCCAGCAUUAGCCUUGAUUGGAUUAGCAUAUGUGCCAGCUGGUAACAUAACUCUGGCAGUCGGUAUACUGUCUGCCGUGGUGGGACUCAACGUGGGACACUUCACUGGCUUUUUGCUAGUUCAUCUGGACAUGGCGCCCAAUUUUGCGGGAACUAUGUUUGGCAUCACGAAUGCUCUUGCGAAUAUUAUCUCCAUUAUUGCGCCAUUAGCCGCGGGAGCCAUUAUAAAAGACGAGAGUGACGCGGCAGAAUGGCGGAAGGUGUUCUACCUGUCCUCAUUUAUAUACAUCUUCGGAAAUACCAUCUACCUCAUUUUCGGAACCAGUAUUCGGCAGUCGUGGAACGAACCGAAGACAGAGAAAAACAUAGAAAAUGGUAAGGACAAUUUAUUUUUACUGUACUGA